CUAGGUUCAGAGAUGGCAACACAAGGUCUGGGCCCCUCCCCUGGAUUGCUGUGUGUGCUUCAAGGUCCAGGGUCUCUAGCCCGGUUGCUUCCCUCUUUCCAACUUUGUUUGACUCUUAUGUUUUUUCCAGGGAUUACAGUUACGCUUCCCAGGAAGGAGCAGAAGGAACAAUUCUAAGCCAUCUUGUCCGCACUCAGAGUCUCCUCAUUUAAUGUUUCUAGACUGUCUGGGUAUGUGACCCUUCAGAUCACACACACACUUAAGCAGGUAUCUCAACUAGGCAGUGUGAGGAGCUUCCAUUGUCGAUGCGCAUAUGCUCAAAUCUAGUAAAUGGCUGUAUGUUCUCUCUCUAGCUAACUCAGGUCUAAUAAUGUCUCUGUACUUGGACUUGUAAGUCUCCCGACAUUUUUUUAAAUUGAAAUGUUAAAGCCUGCUUUACUUAGAAGUCAAAUCCUGAAAAAGUGUGAGAAAAAUAAGCAGCAGUCAAGUGAUGCAAAACUGUUUUACUUCGUGGCGGCUAAAUGUGCCUACAGGUGGGGCAGAAUUCAGAACUCCGUCAGAGGGAGCGGGUGUCCGAGUUGAUGUCACACAGCCUGUGGCACAGAACUUGGAACUGGACAGUAGCUGUGCUUCUAAGGGGAGCUCCUCAUCCUCAGGCCUCUCCUCCUGGCAUGGAUAAUUAGAUCCCUCUUUCUCAAAUUCCAGGUUUGAUAAAAUAUCCCAUUCCCUAAAGGUUUGUUUUUUUUGUUGGUUGGUUGGUUUGUUCGUUUUUAAAGUUGACCUUCAUCUGGAUCUGGAUAGAUUAACUGCAGUAAGUAUGCCCAGUAGUCAAAAUGUUUAUGCUUCUUUCCUGGCUCACCGGUGCCCAAUUUGAGGGUUAAACACGCUGAUUAUUCCAGACAGUGGAUUUCCUGGAAGGGCUGGGGAGGGGCAAUGGCAGUGUCUUUGGUAUCCCAGAGAGGCAGAAUGAAGCAGAUUCUCCUGGGGAGACUGGUUCCUGACCUGAGCUGGCCACUCCCCGGCCUGCGCCUAGGAAAGCGUUUGGCUGGACGCACUCUGGAACCAGUAGCUGGCAUGACACUGUUGAGCGGGAGAAUUACGUGCUUUUUCCUGUGACAAACCAAGAGCCAGUUUGCGCGACACAGCGUACCGUUUGAAAACAGUUACCUUUUUUAACCCCAUGAAAGCUUUUUAUGCCUGAUGGCACAGGGACGGGUCAGUUCUGAUUUUAACGGUGACUAUAUAGUCAGGUGCCACGGGAACACUUUGGUCACCAGUGUCUCCCCUCAGGGCCCGCCCUGAGCCCGUGGAGGAUCUGCAACCACUGUUUCCGUCUCUGGAGUCCUCAGCUCAGUCCUAUUCUCGGCUACAAGUAAGCCGAUUCUACCGUAGGGCCAGCCUGGGGUCCUAGUUCCCUCUGGGCAGACCUGCUCAUGUUCUACACCCAGAAGGGUCUGGCUGGGCUCAGUCUCCCUCCACCAGAGGAGCAUGCCGAGGCUGCCGGGGGCUGUGGGGGUGGGGGCCACGUUCACUGCCGCCUGCACUCCUGCCCAGGUAUCAGAGAAUGAUGAAUUUCAACGUCAUGGUCGUCAUCGGUUCCACCUUACUAGUUCUCCUCUUCCUGCUGCUGUGUGCGGUCAUCUGUCUCUACUGCAAAGUGGCCAAUGCACUAAAGCCGCCUACGUCGCCGAGGACAAGGUGACCGGGAGCUCCUCCAUCACGGCGUGUUACCCCACGCUCCAGACCUGUGACCAGUGCAACCUGUACGCAGACGUGGACCCCCUGCUGUCAUGCCUCUGUGACGUCAACGAGGGCACCUGUGAAGUCAGUGAGACUGCCUGUGAUGCAAAUGAGGGCCUCUGACGUAGGUGGCAUAAAUAUCCGCAUGAGCAAUGUUUCUUUCUUAGUAGGAUGUUUGAGAGUCUAGUCAAGUUCCAUAGUGUACAAUACUGACAUAUGUGCUAUAUAACGUGUUUCUGUACAUUUAAAUAAAUGUGUG